AUGGACCAGAAAAUCCUGCUUCUGGAAGCAGAGGGAAACUUAGAGGGCCUCCAGUCGUGCCUGCAGAGCCUCAACGAAAAAGAGUUGAAUGACCUCAUUACAAAACACGCAUUGAGGAAGAAGGCGAUUGGUGCUGUUCUGAGAGGAAUGUUCAAAGGUUCCCCCUGCUCUCAACAGAAGGGUGUUUCCAGAAGACUAAGUAUUUACAAACACUGUAUUGAGUUAGUGGAGUCAGGUGACCUGCAAGUGGAAAUUGCAUCUGAGAUAAUAAGACUGCUUAUGUUAGAGAUUCAAAAUGGGAGGGGUUUUGUUUGUUAUUUUUUGGACAGGUGGAGCCCUCAGUAUGUGAUCCAUCUAACUUCCAUGUUCAGGGAUGUUCCAUUGAGUAAAGAAGAACUGCAAUUUGUGGUAGAAAAGAUCUUAAGAAUGUUCUCUAAGUUAGAUCUCCAGGAAAUCCCACCUUUGGUGUAUCAGCUGUUGCUACUUUCUUCAAAGGGUAGCAAGAAAAACGUUUUGGAAGGGAUUGUCAACUUUUUCAACCAGAUGGAUAAGAAGCAAAAAGAAGAGCAAAGAGAUUCAGAGUCCCUGGAACUUGAAGAAGCUACAGUGCCCUUAGAACAACUCCGCCACGUGGAAGGCACCAUCAUUCUGCACGUUGUACUAGCGAUAAACCUGGACCAUGAUCUAGGAAAGGAGCUAAUAAAAUACUUAAAGGUAUUGAAAAAAAAUGACUUAUGACCGUUUUUCACACUUGCGCUAUAUGGUUCCAUGAUCAAAAUUCAGACAUUUGACACAUGCCGUAUUUUUGUUCAGGUAGAUGUCCAUGCCCGCUAUAAUGCGGCAGCCAAUGAGGCCUUCUGCUUAGAGAUCCUAGGCAGCCUGAGACGAUGCCUGAGCCAGCAGGCUGAUGUCAGACUCACCCUCUACGAGCUGUGUCUCGACGUGUUUGGCUGGGAUCAUGUGACUCAGGGUCUAGUAGAACUUGGAUUUAUCCUGAUGGACUCUUAUGGGCCAAAAAGACCUUUUGGAGGUAAAGCCACGGAAACUAACCAUAUUCUGCCCAAAACCCCAGCCCAGCAAGUGUGUAAAUUGGGAGCUGAUAUCCUCUUGGAAACUUUCAAGGUCCACGAACCGAUCAGAAGUGAAAUUCUAGAGCAGAUCCUGAACAGAGUGAUCACAAAUGCAGGCGUUCCCAUCGCCCACUUCAUAGACUUAUUGUCCAGCAUAAUUCUAUCUGCUCCUCUGGUCCUCCAGAAUUCUUCCUCUAAUGUUACAGAAGCUUUUGAGCAUUUGUCAUUCCUUCCUCUUGACACAGUUCAAGGGUUUCUCAAGGCUGUGCAGCAAAUUAAUCUGUUUUGUUUGUUGCAACAGAUAAAACAAUAUUAUGAAGCUGAACCAGACCUUCUGCCCCCGUUGAAGUUAGAAAAAUGCAUCCUGGCUCAAAGAGAUCAAAUCUUCUUGCAGGAACCUUUGGCUCAUCUCUUGUGCUGUAUUCAACAUUGUUUGGCCUGGUAUACAAACGUUCUAACUGUGCACCAGCAAACUGAAGAUGAUCAGGAGGAGGAGGAGGAGGAUAGAAGCUUCCAGCAAGAAUUGGAUAAGAUGUUGGAAUCCAUCACAAGACGAAUGAUCAAGAGCGAACUGGAAGAUUUUGAGCUGGAUAAAUCGGCAGACUUCUCUCAAUCAACCGGAGUGGGCUUGAAGAACAACAUCUAUGCCAUUUUAGUGAUGGGGAUCUGUGAGGUCUUGAUUGAAUACAACUUUAGUACAGGCAACUACAAUAAGAACAAGUUUGAAGAUGUUUUGAGCCUGUUCAAGUGCUACGCGAGUCUUUGUGAAAUCCUGAAAGAGAAAGCGGGAAAGAACAAACUCUCGUCCACAAACAAAAUUGCCCGAAGUUUCCUAUCGAUGGGUUUUGUGUGUACUUUACUUACAAGUCUCUUCAGGGAUUGUGCCCAAAGCCACGAGGAGAGCCUGGCUGUUCUCCGCUCCAGCACGGAGUUCAUGCGCUAUGCUGUCACCGUAGCGUUGCAGAAGGUCCAGCAGUUGGAUGAGACGGGGCAGACAGACGGGCCAGAAGGAGAGAACCCGGGGAAGAUGUUCCAGUAUCUUUGCAAAAUCACUCGAGUCCUCCUCUGGAGAUACACGUCAAUCCCAACAUCUGCAGAAGAAUUUGGGAAGAAGGAUAAAGGCAAAAGCAUCUCGUUGCUAUGCUUGGAAGGCCUACUGAGGAUUUUUAACACAGUGCCACAACUUUAUCCAACCAAAAUCUCACAGUUCCUCCAGGCUUUGGAUAUCGCAAAUGAAGAUGACGAAGAAGCAGCAGAGGUGAAUGUCACUGAAAAAGCUGCCUUCCAGAUUCGGCAGUUUCAGAGAUCGCUAACAAACCUGAUCAGCAAUACAGAAGAAGAUUUUAGCAGCAAGGAAGCUCUUCUGUUGAUCAACAUCCUUGUGAUGCUCUCGAAACUGUUGGAUCCUUCCUCAUCCCAGUUCGUACAGCUGUUAUCAUGGACAGUGAAGCUUUGCAAGGAAACUAGCUUGGAAGACGCUCCUUGCUGCAAAGGUUUACUCUCUCUGCUUUUCACACUUCAUGCUCUUGUUAAGAGCCCUGUCACCAUACUGCGUGAUCUUGCCCAAGACAUCCAUGCUCAGCUGGGAGACAUAGACCAG